CUACUGCCAAAAACCUCUCUCUCUCGUUUUUUCAGCAGUCACUUUCCAACCCCUUGCAAAAGGAAAUCUUCUCCACCAUCAAACCACUGCUCUGCUUCACCUUCACUUCCCCCAAACUCACUUCUCUGUUUCUUUUUUCUCCCUAAUUCCCCGUCAUCUUUAGCUCAAUGAUGGCGAUGAAACCAAUCCUCAUUGGCUAAAUUUUUCUGCCCCUUUCCUCCUUUCCCACUCCCCAAUUCCAACCCCAUCAGCACAGAAACAAUGCUGAACCAAGACGGCCACGAUUCAUCCCCUGUUUCUUCAUCAUCGAGCUCUGUUUUCUCUUCCUCUGUUUUUACUUGGCCGCCGGUCGGGGCGCCCAUGAUGCUGCAGAGGGACCAAGAAGACCAUUUGGGACGCUUUGACAACUCCGUCAGUGCGGUGUCUUUCGGGUUCGUCGCCACUGCAAUCCUCAUCUCGAUGUUUUUAGUCAUGGCCAUCUUCGAGCGGUUUCUCCGGCCGGGUUGCGGCGGUCAACGGACCGGCGACCUCGAGUACCAGAUGGGUUUCAACUCCAAGCUCCGCCACCCUUCUCCCAAAAUGACGGUGUAUGCAAAUGGGGUAUCAGUGUUGAUGCCUGGAGACAACAUUCCCACAUUCAUAGCACAUCCAGCGCCGGUUCCAACCUUUGCUCCUCAACUCCAGCCGCCGCCGCCGAUGCCACCACCGCCACCUCCGCCGCAUCAGCAUGAAUCCUCUGAGGAGGAACCACGCUUAUUAUCUCAGGGGAACUAAGACGGUUGAAGGGUAUUUUGGAAGAGGAAAGGUGGAAGCUUUCUUGUACAUAGAUAGGUGUUUGCAUGUAGUAGGGUUUUAGUAGUGUUGUGGGGCUUAUUUUUGAUGAGUUGGGUAAAAAGGCUCAUUUUUUUUUCACAGUAGCAAGCAGAGAAACAGGGGAUGCUUGCUUUCCUCUGUUAGAUCGAUUGAAUUGAGAGUGAAUCCUCGUGGAUCACGGAAUGGAACUUGGGUUUAUUUUUCAUCCUCUCUUUGGAUCUUAGGGUUAUUACUCUUUUGUAAACAUUUUGUCCGAGGAGGGUAAUGUAAUUAUCCACCAUGAAGCAUUGGAGGCCACGCCACAUAUGGUUCUUGACUUCAUUCGACAGAG